GGAGACAGAACCCGGAAGCGAGGUUCCCGGCGGCGAUUUUCCGACUCCGAGAGAAGAUCCUUUAGCAUUUGUUGAAGAGCUGGUUUGGUGAUGCUGAAUUCUCUCUGCUUUUGCUGUGUUCUUGUGUUGCUGGAGAAUUUCAUGAUCUUGAUGAAUAAAACAAAGCAGACAUAAUCAUCUCUGGAGAGAUUAUUUAUAUCCUGGUGUUUGAAAUGAUUUAUAUUUAAAAUAGUAGUAAAAAUGGAAAAAGAGAGAGUAAAUCCUGAAAAACCAGACCCAGAGAACUCCUUGGACUUUUCUGAACACUUCAACCAACUUGAACUGUUGGAAACACAUGGACACCUUAUUCCCACUGGUACCCAAAGUCUCUGGGUAGGGAAUUCUGAUGAAGAUGAGGAGCAAGAUGAAGAAACUGAAGAGUGGUAUCAACUGCAAGAAAAAAAAAUGGAAAAAGAUCCAAGCAAAUUGCUUCUUUGGGCUGCUGAAAAAAAUCGGCUGACCACAGUGCGGAGACUGCUUUCAGAAAGGGCUACCCACGUGAACACUCAAGAUGAAGACAAGUACACACCACUCCACCGAGCAGCCUACAGUGGGCACUUGGAUGUGGUCCGAGAGCUGAUUGCACACGGGGCAGAUGUCCACGCGGUGACCGUGGAUGGCUGGACACCCCUGCACAGUGCCUGUAAGUGGAAUAAUGCCAGAGUGGCUUCUUUCUUACUGCAGCAUGAUGCAGAUAUCAACGCCCAAACGAAAGGCCUCCUGACACCCCUACACCUUGCCGCUGGGAACGGAGACAGCAAAGACACCCUGGAGCUCCUCCUGAUGAACCGCUACAUCAAGCCAGGUCUGAAGAACAGCCUGGAGGAAACGGCAUUUGACAUCGCCAGGAGGACCGGUAUCUAUCACUACCUCUUUGAAAUUGUGGAAGGCUGCACAAAUUGUUCACCUCAGUCUUAAUAACAGUUCUAAUAAUUUUCUUAAGUUUCUAAGUCCGAGUGCCUGCUUUGUGUAAGAUAUGAAAUAUCCCCGUUGUACAAAAUUGACAUCAAAAGUCUUAAGAGAGUAUUUCAGUGGUACUCAGAAUACUAUCCCUCCAAGUGAAUUGCCUGACCUUGAUGUCAAAAUGUAUUUGAAAGUUGUUUGGAUUUAUCUUUAAUGAUUUCCAUGGCGUUUGUGAUUUUUACCAAAUCAUUUUAACUUGCCUAUAUUGAAAAACUUGUCAGAGGUUGUACAGAAAACUAAUAUUUUUGGUGCUGAUCCAAGAGAAAUGUAUUUUUACAUUUACAAUAUCCCCUAUCCUAGAGCUUUGUGGAGUGUUUAGUAUAUCAACAUAUAUUUUUAUAAGGUCAGGUAACUCAGAAUUUCAUUUAAAAAUUUUAAAUAUACUGGUGCAGUUCAGAUGUCUUUUCUGCAUCACCAUAGCCAUUUGCUUUCACUAUAAACCAUAAGAAUGAACCUAUUAGUGACUUGAAUCUUCAUGAGUUUAAAGAAAAAUUGAGAAACCUAGAUCUUCGUUUUUUAUUCAUAGAACCAUAGAUGUUUAAUCUACAAAUGUUAUAUACUGCCUCUCCUUCCACAAUCCACACAAUCCUGUGGACCUUCCUACCUCACCCUGGUCAGCCUACAUAAUCCUCAUUCUGGUGAGUCAGCAUGACGCUUAAGACAUAUGCACAACUAUACCUUGGUCCAGGUAGUCGUAGCCUAUUUGCCAUCCAGCUAGUUUUACCUGUCUGGUCCUGCUCACCUCAUCUCCCAGGGUCACAGGAAGGGUUCUUUUCCAGGAUCCUCAUUUUAUAGAAGCCACACAAAGUCAAAGUGACAAGGGAAAAGAAAUUCUAAGAUGAUUUUACUGGGGCAAGAACCACAAAGUGGCUCAGGCGUUUUUUUAAAAGCCACAUUGUAGAUAACAACAAGAGCAUAAGUAUAAAUAUUCUAAAAAAAAAAUAAUAAUAAAGGUUUUAAACUACCAAGAAAGAGCAUGAAUAAUUCUUGUACCUGUGUGUAUCUUCCUUGGAUUCAUAACGUUUGUCUACCCAGCAUACAUUUGUUUAGCUUUGUGUCUCUCCAGCAGCAGCUUCCUGUUCCUAUGCCCUUCUGUGACUAAAACAAAAGAGUUCUCUCUCAACUUCUCAGCACCAGAACUAACACACUGGGGAAAGGGAGCUGAACUAAUGGGCCUUUGCUUUGGUUAUAUGUAAUGUAUAUGUGUGUGUAUGUGUGUAUAUAAACAUAUAUAGAGAGAGAGUUUUUAUUUUAUUUUUUUCUCUUUGGCUGUGCUGCGGGGCUUGCAGGAUCUUAGUUCCCCAACCAGGGAUUGAUCCUGCAUCCUUGGCAGUGAAAGCUCAGAGUCCUAACCACUUAGACCACCAGAGAAUUCCCUCUAUGGUUAUACUUUUUAAAUGUCCACCAAGGUAUUUGACUCUUUUGACCCAGCCCAUGUGACCCAGUUACCUUAAACUAAAUAACAACGUUAUUUAAUCAAAUAUAUGUGGCAGUUUUUAGGUUAAAACAAGAUUGGAUCAUCUCAGAAAAGUUAAAGAUGACAUAUAAACUGAAUCAUUGUGACAGUGUUUUUAAGACUUAGGAGAGCUUUGGUUAUUUUAUGAUCUCUGGCUAGAAGAUAACUCUAUUUCAGAGUGUCAAUACCUUUGAUAUAACAGUUUCGGCAGAAAGUGAAAGGUUGAUUUCUGUUUAAUCUGACCUAAUGUAGUGAUGCCAAAUGACAAGGUAUAGCUGAUAGAAAUGACAGUACCAACUACCCCGUUAGACUGCUAAACGAGGCUACCUGAGUCACAGAGCCUAUGGCUCCUUUCUUAUGUGGGAAUGAGUUGCAUUCGUGUUUUAUAUAUAUAAGCUUUCCCUAUGAGUAUGACUCCAAAGGAGCUGCUUUAUUUCUAAGAAAAUGAGAUGCGACUUCUCCCUUUUUUUCAGUCUUCAAUCACUCAGCCAGUCCUAGGGAGAAAACUUAUACAUAUUAGAGAAAUCCCUUCCAACCCUGAGGAUGGAACUUGUAUUAUUUGCUUCCUUUAUACCUUCCUUGGUGGUUUUUUAAUUUUAUUUUUAUUAUUUUUUCUUUUUUAAGUAUACUUGACAUAAAAUAUUAUAUAUUUCGGGUAUAUAACAAAGUGAUUUUUUUUUUUUCUUUUUGGCAGUGCUUCAUGGCCUGCGGGCCUUGGUUCCCCAGUCAGGGAUCCAGCCCACACUGCUCACAUUGGAAGUGCACAGUCUUAUUAACCAGUGGACCGCCAGGAAGUCCCAACAAAGGGAUUUGAUACUCUCCUUAGUAUUUUCUGACUCCUCAGUCCACAGAUGAUGUGCGCUAAUCAUGCUUUUCACUACUCAGUGGACCCUUGAACACACAUUUAUAUCGUGCAGGUCCAUUUAUAAGCAGUACUACACAACCGGUGCUGGAGAAGGAAAUGGCAACCCACUCCAGUAUUCUUACCUGGAAAAUUCCAUGGACAGAGGAGCCUGGUGGACUACAGUGCAUGGGUUGGCAAAGAGUGGGACACAAUUGAGCACGCAUGCCUACAUGCACACAACCUGUGCAGUGGUUAAAUCUGUGGAUGCAGAACCACAGAUACAGUUACAGUGAGAAAGUUCAAUUUUCAGUUAUGCAGAGGGUCAGCACCCCAAUCCUUGUGUUUAAGGGUCAACUCCUUAUUUAUUACCUGUGUUUACCAGUUGCCUUUAAGAAGACUAAAUAAAUCCAUUUGCAAACAAAAUUUUCGUUAGUCUUACAGAAUUUAUCUCAAGAACUUUUUAAAAAAUAAAAUCUGUUUUGCAUAUAACAAGGCUUAACUGUAACUAUGUGCUUGAGGAAGAGGUGACUUUGUCAUUGUUCAAGGGACAGUGACCCACAAUGAAAUUAGUUAACUUUGCUUUUAUAAAUCUUAAAUGUGCUUCUCCAGGGCCCAAACAUUUGUUCUGGCUCACAACUUAAAACAGUGAAAGGAUUUAGCAUUUUUAUACUAUGGACGUGAAGGCAUCCAUUUGUUUCUAUUCAUUGGCAUCUAUUAUUGCAUUUACCACUAUGCUAGAAGAUCAUGAUCAAAAGAGGCCCAGAGGAGGGGCAAAAAAAAAAAAAGAGGCUCAGAGAAGUAAAACUUGGUCUAAUACUGAAAGGUUGUUGCUGAACGAUAAGACGCGGGAUUCUUGACCUCCGGAGGAGACGAAUUCAAUCUGAGGCCAGAGACGAGGCUGGAUCGCUCUGAGCUUUUGUGUAAUAAAGUUUUAUUAAAGUAUAGAGAAAGCUUCUGACAUAGGCAUCAGAAGGGGGCAAAAGAGUACCCCCCUCCUAGUCUUUAGCUGUAUGUUAUAUAGUCACUCACAGUCUGUUAAUGAAAUGAGAGGAAUGUCAUAAAAUUUAGAAUGGCAUCAGAUAAUUCAUCCCAGGCCAUAAAACGAUUGACUUGAAUCUUGUAGAAGGGCAGAAUACCAACAAAUAGUUCUGUUUACAUCGAUUAGGGGAACAAUACCUGAGUAAGUAAGUUAGGCCGUUUGGCGGAACCAACUUGAAGAUAAGAGUCUGGGGUUCAUUAACAUAGCUUAAGACAACAUUUCCAUACGAAAAAGAAAUGUAUUGGUUAACUCGAAGUUUGAGAGUAGUUAGCUUUAGGUGAGACCAGGUGUCAUGGCAACACAGAAUGUUAAGAGAAACCUCCUUUUAAAUGUGUAUAGAGAAGGAAAAACAGAUCGCUGGUUUGUUUCUUCCUGCCGUUUAAGAGAGAUAAAAAUGUCUGGCACUUACAGCCUCUUUCCUCUAUUUGGAGACCCCUGGCCUUCCUGCCUGUUACCUUCUCAAUACUUAGGUCCCAUACCAAAAUGAAAUUGCAUCAGUUCUCCAUUCCUGAUGAAAACAUGUGCCAUCUUCACCCUACCUGAAAUGACUCAAGGAAUUUACAGCACUGCUUUGACUCAGGGAGGUACCAAACAUGAUCACAAAAUCAUUGAUAAUGGCUUACUUCAUUAGUUACCGUGGGAUGCUCUAGUCCCUCUGUAGGUUCAUAGGAUGACCAUUCAACUUGUGUAAGACAGAGUGCUUUCUCUAGAGGGAAUUAAAGAUCCAUGUUUAUUAAGUUCAGAAGACAGUAAACAGAAGGAUUGAGUGUAGCAUUUUGAUGUUUUAAAUUCCUAAAAAUUUCUCUUUGGAAUCCUACAAUUUCACUUCUGGGAACCUAAGUGGAAAUGAUCAAAAUCAGUGCUACUGUAUAGAAACAUAAUGUGAGCUACAUAGGUAAUUUUAAGUUUUUUUUUCUAGUGGCUGCAUUAAAACACAAAUGGGUGAAAUUAAUUUUAAUAACCCACAUCAUCUAACCUGAUACAUCCAAAGCAUUCAUUCAAGUAUGAUACAAAUAUUUUAAAAUUAUUGAGACAUUUUACUUUUUUAUAGUACAUCUUCAAAAUGCAUUGUGUAUUUUAUGUUGUUGUUCAGUCAGUAAGUCAUGUCUGAGUUUUUGUGACCCCAUGGACUGCAGCAUUCCAGGCUCCUCUGUCCUCCACUAUCUCCCUGAGUUUGCCUAAAUUUGUGUCUACUGAGUUACAGAGGCUAUCUAAUCAUCUCAUCCUCUGCCCAAGAAAAUAUCUGUCAUUGCUUCUAAUAUAUUUUAUGGCACAUCUUAAUUCAGAUGAGCCCCAUUUGACUAGUGGCUACUU